AUGACAUCCAGCACCAAGCGACCAAGCAACCGAACUCCUACGCAGCCGCCAAAGCCCCGCCCACGCCCGGCCCCGCCUCCCCUGCGUCGUUUGCAUAUCGUUUGCAUGCCGGCCGGGAAGCCCCGCCCCCGGCUGACGACAUCACGGCUGACGUCACGGCGGGAACCGGUCCGACCGGGAGAACCGAGUCCCCAGCACCGCCGCCCGCGGAAAAAGUCCCCGGAUGCUGGAAGAAAAUCCCCGGAUGCUGCGCCCGCGGCCGCCGCUGCCUCAGUUUCCCCGACGGCGACGACGAUGGCGACGCCGCUGCUGCUGCUCCUGGCGCUGCCGUUGCUGCUGCGCGUGCGCGGUGACGACGGCGGCGACUUCGACCUCGCGGACGCCUUGGACCCCGACCCAACUUCGAAGCCCAGCGGGGGCCUCUACCCGAACCUCCCGGCCGACCCGCUGCCCUCGGACCCACACGGCGGAGGCCUCUACCCGAACCUCCCGGCCGACCGGCUGCCCUCGGACCCACACGGCGGAGGCCUCUACCCGAAGCUCCCGGCCGACCCGCUGCCCUCGGACCCACACGGCGGAGGUGUCUACCCCCCAACCAGGCCCCGCCCACAGCCUCAGCCCCGCCCACAGCCUCAGCCCCGCCCACAGCCCAGCGACACCAACGGCUUCGGAGGAAGUGGAGGCGACGGUGGCGGCAUUGGCGGCCAUGACACCCAAGGCAACACCAUCGCAUGCAUUGUCUCCCCGAUCAUCUCGGUCGUGGCGCUCGUGGGCACCUGCGUCAGCUAUGCCUGGGGAUGCCUGAGGGGGCGGGGCCGCCGCGACCCCGAGACCAUCUGAGGGCUCCAUCCCGGGCGAGAGGGCGAGGCGGUGACGUCACCUGACCCCCGUGACCCCUGACCUCACCUGACCCCAGUGACCCUGUGACCUC